UUCAACUUUACAUCAAAGCCUUGAGCUGUUCUUCUAAAGACGAAGAUCAAACCAAGAUCACAAAGUCCCAGGAGAUCAGAUCUUGCUGUCUCAUCAUCAGGAGAUAAUCUCUUGAAGGAGUAUAAUACUACUAGUUAAGAACAUCAUAGCUUUUUUGAUGGACGAUUGUCGGGAGAAGAGACGACGGUGUACGAAACUAAGAGUAAGUACUGAUAAUAACGACAUGGAGAAGAUGAUGCAUAGAGAAAUCGAGAGACAGAGAAGACAAGAAAUGGCUUCUCUUUACGCUUCUCUUCGUUCUCUUCUCCCUCUUAAUUUCAUUCAGGGUAAGCGUUCGACGUCAGAUCAAGUUAAUGAAGCGGUCAACUACAUAACGUACUUAGAGAGGAAGAUCAAGGAGCUUAGUUUUAGGAGAGAUGAGCUCAUGUUACUGUCUAGAAGAACCCUCUUUGAUGAUUCGAAGGAUGAUAUGAAGACAAUGAAUCAAGUGGUGGUUCGUGAGUGUUUGGUGGGUGUGGAAAUAGUGUUUAGCAGCCGCUGUUGUCGUGGCCAACACCUGCUUUCGAGUGUUCUUCAAGUUCUUAGUGAAAAUGGUCUCUGCCUUCUUAACUCCAUCUCCUCUAUUGUUGAUGAUAGACUGAUUUACACUAUACAAGCUGAGUACUUUUACAAAAUGAAGUAA